AUGUUUGCCGAACUCGAUUAUUCAUUACCCAAUCCUCAUGGAUCAUCUCAUCAUUUAUCUCGUGUUUUAACUGGUGCAUCUUCGCCUGAUAUUCAACAAUAUUCAUAUUCUCCUCCAAAUCUUAAUUGGCGUUAUUAUUCACUUGAUUUUUUUCUUAAUAAUUUAAAUAUAAUGCCUAAUAACGAUUCAACAUUUCUUAAUUCAACUUUAUCAAAUUAUUCAUCAAAUUCCCAAGAAAAAUUAUCAUCUGAUGAUGAAGCACCCGAUCAUCUUCUUUAUCUUAUUAUUCCGCUUUAUUCACUUGUUUUUGUUAUUGGUACAAUUGGAAAUAUUUUAGUUAUAUUAACCGUCUUUACAGUUAAACAAAUGCGUAAUACAACAAAUGCACUUAUAUUACAUUUGGCUAUUGCAAAUCUCUCAUUUGUACUUAUGUGUAUACCACAUACAAUAUAUGUAUAUGUUGUUCAUUCAUAUUAUUUUCCAAAACUUUUAUGUAAAUUAGCAAAUACAUUAAUGUAUUUAAGUGCAUAUGUUAGUAUUUAUAUACUUGUAUUAAUGUCAAUUGAUCGAUUUCUUGGUGUUGUUUUCGCUGUUAAAUCAGUUAAAUAUCGAACGGAACGUAAUGCACAUUUAGCUGUCAUUAUUGUUUGGUUAAUUGGGAUUAUUUUUGCUUCACCUAACAUGGUCUAUUAUGAUGUAUUACUUGCCGAUUCAAGUACUGAUGCUUGGGUAUGUUUAUUUCGUGGUGAUAGUCCUUUUUUAAAUACAGCUCGUCGUGUAACAGCUUAUUUUUUUGCUUUAUUUGGUUUAAUUGUUCCAUUAAUUGUAAUUGUUAUACUCUAUGGUCUUAUUAUAAAUGUUUUACGUAAAAAUGCUAAAGGUAAACAAGUAGCCAAGGGUAAAAAACGUGUUACAAAAAUGGUUUCAGCUGUUAUAUCAUCAUUUGUUAUAUGUUGGACACCAAUGCAAAUAUAUUUAUUAUAUACACAUCAUAAUCAAGUAACAAUAUUAUUUGCUAUUGUUGCUCAAAGUCUUGUCUAUAUAUCUUCAUGUGUUAAUCCAAUAUUAUAUGCAUUUUUAUCUGAACCAUUUCGUAAAGCGUUUAAACAAUUUUUAACAUGUUCGAAUGUAUUAUCAAAUCAUUUAGUUAAUCAUAAUAGUAGUGAAACAGUUACAGCAAGUAAAACAUAUUGUGUUGUACAACGAAAAACAAAUAAAUCAUUACCAUUAAAAGCACAUAUAAAUAAUCAUCGUCGAAUAAAAACUGGGACUAAUUCAAUGACAACAUCAUCCGAACGUAUUAAAUAUGAUCUUGUAUCGAAUACACAUAUAACUAGUUUAAAUUAA